CCUGCGAGCCUUAACUUGAGACAACAAUACCCUAAUUAUGACGGAGAGCUUGAUAAAUUGUUCUUGGUGACCACACGGGUACAUCAAUUCGCCUCUGUGAAUGUAUCGCUUCUUAGCCCCGCCCGCGCGCGCUGACUUGACAACAGUAAGCAACGAACACCGGACGAGUGUCGACGAAUCGAGCCCAUCCACAGCCGUCUCCUUUUUCUCAUGCUGAAAACGUGCAGCCGUUUCUGGGCGAGGAGACCGCGGAGGACCGCAGUGAACGGGGCUUUGCUGCAGAUCCAGGGAUAGGAGCCUGUUUGCAUUCCACUGCAUGUGCAAGACAAUGGAGGUGAAACUCGACCAGCAGGACGACGAUUUCGCAUUCGGCAACACUGACGCUAAUGGUAAACGCCCGGCUGAGGACAUGGACGAAGAACAUGCCUUCAAACGUUCUCGCAACACAGAUGAGAUGGUGGAGCUGCGUGUGCUGCUCCAGAGCAAAAAUGCUGGUGCUGUCAUCGGAAAGGGAGGCAAGAACAUAAAAGCCUUACGCACAGACUACAAUGCCAGUGUAUCAGUCCCAGACAGCAGUGGCCCGGAGCGGAUCCUGAGCGUGAACGCCAGCAUCGAUACUAUUGGAGACAUUCUGCUGAAGAUCAUACCAACUCUGGAGGAGUACCAGCAUUACAGUGGGAUUGAUUUUGACUCAGAGCUUCGCCUGCUGAUCCAUCAGAGCUUGGCAGGGGGCAUCAUCGGGGUAAAAGGUGCCAAGAUAAAGGAGCUGAGAGAGAACACCCAGACCACGAUCAAGCUGUUCCAGGAGUGCUGUCCACACUCCACUGACAGAGUCGUCUUGGUGGGAGGAAAGCCAGAACGCGUCAUCGAAUGUAUAAAAGUGAUUCUGGAGCUGGUGUCGGAGGCGCCAAUCAAAGGUCGUGCCCAGCCGUACGACCCGAAUUUCUACGAUGAGACGUACGACUACGGCGGCUUCACCAUGUUAUUUGAGGAGCGAGGCAGACGACCCAUCGGUGGCUUCCCCAUUCGCGUGCGCGGCGGCUUCGAGCGCAUGCCCCCUGUUCGAGGAAACCGACCCAUGCCUCCCUCCAGGAGGGACUACGACGACAUAAGCCCCCGCCGCGGCCCCCCGCCGCCGCUGAGCAGAGGUGGACGAGGGGGAAGCCGAGCACGCAACCUGCCUCUUCCCCCGCCGCCGCCAAGAGGAGGGGGAGACCGGUUCUCACACGGCAGCUAUCAUGGCGGCAUGGACGACAGACCAAGUGACAGAAGAGGCCGAGGAGGGGACCGCUACGACAGCAUGAGUGGAGGUGGAUAUGACAACAAUUCUUCCUGGGAGCACUUUCAGUCUGGUGGUAGAGGCUCAUACAGUGAUAUUGGAGGCCCAGUCAUCACAACACAAGUCACCAUCCCAAAAGAUCUGGCGGGCUCCAUCAUCGGUAAGGGCGGCCAGAGGAUCAAGCAGAUCCGCCAUGAGUCUGGGGCGUCCAUCAAGAUUGAUGAACCACUAGAGGGCUCUGAGGACCGCAUCAUCACCAUCACGGGAACACAGGACCAGAUCCAGAACGCCCAGUACCUGCUGCAGAACAGGCAUGUGCUCUGUGACUCCCCCAAACAGCUCAUGUCAUGAGAGCGGUGGUUGUCUCCUCUGAUGGCCUCUGCUCGUCCACCACUGGUUGGAAGUAAAACUUUUUUUUUCUGCUUCGUUAACUAGAUUAAUUCUGACUAAACUCUUUUGUCCCUCGUGAGUAAAUUUGUCUUGCACGGACUUGGUAAUAUAAUACAUUUAAAAGAUUGUUGUCCACAGUUGCUGUUAUGUUUAAUGUACUAAUACAGCGUGUACGGCUAUACUAAUUUGACUCAUGCAUUUUUAUUUGGACCAGAUGCUGACCAAUAUUAGUAACGACUGAACAUCAGAGAGGUGCUGAUUUUGUGAAGAGUUAGUGUACUAAUCUAUUAAUUGAUAUGCAACUGUUUUGAUAAUGUAUUACUAUUUAUAUAUUAUUUAAUUAUCAAGCAAGAAUAGCAAACAUCUUAUAGUUUCAGCUUAUAAAAUGUGAGGAUCUGCUGCUUUUCAGGAAAUUAUAUGGGGCAUUAUUUAUAGACGAAUCAAUGGAGGAAGUAAUUGACAGAUUAAUCGAUGAUGGGAAUGAUCAUUAGCCGCUGCCCUCAUUUUGUUACACUUAUGUGCGAACCUGACAUUUUUCUGAAAUCGAUGUUUUAUCGCCUCAGAUAAGCAUUUAAAUUGGCACAUUAUGCCAGAACAUAAUGGUGUUGAGCCUUUUCUUUCCCCUUUUCACCAGUAUUUCAUCUUGAAGAGCUUUUAAAGUUCACAGACCCCCCCCCAUAUCGCUAAAUGGCUAAGCGGGUUUCAGCCUUCAUUCUGUCUGCUAGUCUUAAUUUAUUUUAUUUUCAGCCUUGACCGUGGCAUAAUUUGUACACCUUUUUUACAAUUGUGCUCCACAUGAAAAAUGUCUUCCAAUUUGCAGCAUUAACAGCUCCCGACCCAUGUCCGGUUCAAAUAAAUAUUCUUAAUGUUAUCGUGAAAUGCCCUUACCUUCAUCUGUC